AAACGAUUUGUGAGGUAAAACAACGCUGAGAAAAAGUUCUUUCUCUCUCUCCCUUCUUGUGGUUUUCUUCUUUUAACAGCAACAAGACCUUACAGUAGUUCCCGUUACAGUUCCGUGAGUAACGGUAACGCGCGCUGGAGAAAUGUGGCCGUGAGAUUUGGCGCCUUUUUAAACGCGCACUUUCUUUGCGGUGCAGCCUUAUUUUGCGCACGUUGCGCCGCGUCACCGCGAUGGAGGAGCUGAUUCCGCUGGUGGCGCGCGUGCGGGACGCCGUGCACGGCGCGGGUCAGCGCUGCAGCCUCCACCUGCCGCACGUCGCUGUGGUGGGCAGCCAGAGCGCAGGGAAGAGCUCCGUGCUGGAAAACCUCGUGGGCAGAGACUUUCUUCCUCGCGGUUCUGGUAUUGUCACUCGCAGACCUUUAAUCCUCCAACUUCUUACUGCGAACACUGAGUAUGGUGUGUUUUUCCACUGCAAGGGAAAAAGGUUCAGAGACUUUGAAGAGAUCUGCAAGGAGAUUGAAAAGGAGACAUACAGACUUAAUGGAUCCAAUAAGGGAAUCUCGCCCAUCCCUAUCAAGCUACGAAUUUACUCGCCACACGUGUUGAACCUGACUCUCAUCGACUUACCUGGCAUCAUCAAGGUGCCUGUGGGUGACCAGCCAUCAGAUAUCGAGUACCAGGUGCGCAACAUGAUCAUGCAGUACAUUAGUAAGGAAAACUGCCUCAUCCUGGCUGUCACACCAGCCAACACUGACCUGGCAAAUUCCGACGCACUCAAAAUGGCCAAAGAUGUUGACCCGCAAGGUCAGCGCACAAUUGGUGUAAUUACCAAACUGGACUUGAUGGAUAAAGGAACAAAUGCCAUGGACGUACUAGAGAACAGAUUACUUCCUCUACAGAAAGGUUAUGUUGGGGUGGUGAACCGCAGUCAGAAGGACAUUGAUGGGAAAAAGGAUAUUAAGGCAGCUCUGCUGUCUGAGAAGAAUUUUUUCCUGUCCCAUCCGGCCUACAGACACAUUGCUCAAAGAAUGGGCACACCUUAUUUACAAAGAGUGCUGAACCAGCAACUGACAAACCAUCUCUGGAAAAUUGUGUCAGCCUUCAGUAGCCGCCUCCAAAGCCAGCUUCUGUCCUUGAACAAAGAGGUUGAGGAUUAUAAACAUUAUAAUCCCGAUGAGCCAACGUACAAGACCAAGAUGCUGCUACAGUUAAUUCAGCACAUGGCCAGUGACUUCAAGAUGCUCAUUGAGGGCUCAGUCGGUGAAGUAGGCACUGCUAAAUUAUCAGCGGGUGCAAAGAUCAACCGAAUCUUCCAUGAGCGCUUCCCACAUGAAGUGGAUAAGAUUGAGACUGAUGAGCCAAAGCUGCGUGAGGAGAUCAGCUACGCCAUCAGAAACAUCCACGGCAUCAGGACAGGCCUGUUCACGCCUGACAUGGCGUUUGAAGUCAUUGUUAAGAAACAGAUAGCAAACCUCAAAGGGCCAUGUUUUAAAUGUAUCGACAUGGUCAACGAGGAGCUCGUCAUCACUGUGAACCAGUGCAUCAGAAAGCUUUCUUCUUUUCCCAAACUCCAAGCUGAGACACACAGAAUUAUUACGACUGAAAUAUGGGAACACUGGACCAAAUGUAGAGAUCAGGUUUUGUUGCUCAUUAACACACAGAUUGCUUAUAUCAACACCAAACAUGAGGAUUUCUUUGUCGACACCAAUGUUCAGCAGAAUUACAGCCAGAGCAAUAUGAAGACUUUAAAGAGAAUAGCAAGAAAUCAGGUGAUCCGUAAGGGUUGGCUGACCAUCAACAACCUUGGCAUCAUGAAAGGUGGAACCAAGGAGUACUGGUUCGCCCUGACUGCAGAGAACCUGUCUUGGUUCAAGGAUGAUCAGGAGAAAAAGAUGAAGUACAUGCUCCCGCUGGACAACUUGAAAGUCAGAGAUGUGGAGAGGAGCUUCAUGUCCACCAAAUAUAUUUUUGCUCUCUGCAACACCGAGCUGAGGUACGUGUAUAAGGACUACAAAUGCUUGGAGUUGGCCUGUAACUCUCAGGAGGAGUUGGACAGCUGGAAGGCUUCUCUGCUCCGCGCCGCAGUUUACCCUGAGAACCUGACCGUGGAUGGACAGGAAAACGAAGAUUGUGAAAGCCUCACAGAUCCUCACCUGCAGCGUCAGGUGGAAACCAUCAGUAACCUGGUUGAGUCAUACAUGAACAUCAUUUACAAGACCAUCAGGGACCUCGUGCCAAAGACGAUUAUGCACUUUAUGGUCAACAGCUUGAAGGAGUUCAUGAGUUGUGAGCUCCUGGCUCAGCUCUACGCUCUGGGAGAACAUGCAGCACUGAUGGAUGAAUCACCAGAGCAGCAGCAGCAUCGGGAUGAAAUGCUGCACAAACACACUGCCCUGAAGGAGGCGCUCGCUGUUAUCGGGGAGAUCUCCGCCUCCAUCUGUGCCACCCUUCUGCCUCUGCCUAUCCACUCAUCUGGGAUGGAGUCAGGCAGCCCCACUCUGCUGAAAGUAUCAGGGACUCGUGGUCCUGCUCCAGCUGCUCUUCCAGAAAAUGCUCAACCCAAACACGUCUCGUCCACCAGCACAGAUCGGCUUUGGCAGCCCCGUCACCAAACGCUCCGUGCCACGCCCGGUGGGCCGAGGAGGUGCCUUUCACCAGCCAGAAACACAAAAUAACAGUUUAGUGGUGAAAUGUUGACCGUUCUGCUCAGUGAAGCUCCCAGCUGCUUGCUGACUGCUGCUCAGAAGGGCCCAUGAAGUGUAAAAUGUGUAUUCCAGCUGAAGUCUCCUCUCCGUUUCCUCUGGGACCUGCUGUCUGGGAGCCUGUUUUGUACAUAAAGUAUCUCCACGACUGUUGGAAUGUACUCAGUUGUCUGCGGACUUGUCUCAAGUGCCUGAGCUUU